CAUGAUGAGUCAGAGAAAGAAAGAAAGAAAGAAAGAAAGAAAUAAUAAAAAGGAAAGAGAAAGAUAAGCUGUUAGUAUCUCGUGUGUAACGACUUCGCGUAGAUAUACGUAAACGGCUUCCUCCUUUUGUUCCCCUAUGGCGUAAAAGCGCCCGUAUAAUGUGCCACGUCAAGAGAAAUAUACCAAUACAAACUCAAACAUAAAUACAAAACACAAUCAUAAUGUCGUGACAUUAGUCUCGAAGGAGAAGAAGAAGGAGAAGGAGGAGGAGGAGGAGGACGAGGAAGAAAAAGAAAAAAAAGAAAUACAUCGAAGGAAUAAGCUCGUGGAAUCGACAACGAUAAACCGCUCUCGACUAUUCUCUUUUUAGUUACGCAGCUGGAUCGGUUUUAUGUGUGAGUUUUAUGGUGAAUAAUACAAUGAAAGUCACGUUUAUCGUGUAUGAGCACGGCGUUAGGUGACGACGAGAGCACGUGCUCACGCGUGCCUCUUUACAAAGGGCUCGCAAAAAGAAAAGCUAAGUACUUUAUUUACUAAAGACUUUAUGCUUGUACGUGAUUUUGUAUGCCCAUUAAAUACACCGGUUUUUCUCCUCAAUAUCGUUAUCGUUGCGGAGAAACUUAUGGAAGUCUUACUCAUAAACUACUUCUCGAUCCUAAUGUGAAUCAUUCGGAAACGCUUGUCCUAUCAAAUCGUGCUACUGACGAUUAUCAAGUGAGUAGACCUCCCAAAAAUGAUAUAGAUAUUGUAAAUGCACGAUACAAAAGGGUAGAUCCUAUUUAUACCCAUCCAACUAUUCCAGGCUACGAAGGUUUCAUACCAAAUUUAAACGCAAAUUGCGGACAAAGAUACACCGUACUUGCGACCGAGGGUUUAGCAGAAUUUGAGAGACAACAGAUAAAAAAUAAAGAGGCCCUUAAUAAACUUGAAACAAUAAUUUCUUUGCAAAGUGGGCAAGGUGAACCGCGAAAUACGAAGGAUCGUUUGCUAAUCGAAAGUCAAUUCAAAUUGCCUAUGAUCACCGUUCGUCCCGAUUGCGUUGGAGUUAUGAGAAAUUUACCAAUCGAUGAACAAUACGAAGUUCCAAGGGAUCAUGCUCCUUCCCCUUAUUUUAUGGAUAAUGUGAAUCCAAAGAAAUACUUUAUCAGCGGAUAUGCUGGACAUAUUCCAUAUGGAUAUGCACAAUUUGGUGCUACAAAUGUACCCGCUACUAAUAGCGCACUAUGUGAUUUUACUUCAAAUUAUCGACAUCGACAAAGCACCGAAUGGGCACCUGUAACAAUUUCAAAACCUGAUCCGCCUCUUCUUAUUCAAUCGACUGAAAUUUAUCAUAAACAUGUUGGUUUAUUACCUAAUUAUUAUGGUCACGUUCCAGGACAAAUAUUUAGGUUCGGUAAAACAUUCGGUGCUGAUACUAAAGACGCAAAGAGAUGGCUUCGUGGUGACUUUUCUAUAUAAAUUUCCAAUAAUACAACUAAUCAAUAAAUGAUUUCUAAGGGUAAUAAACAACGCCUACAGUU